CAAGGACGCAUCAGCUGCUGUCCCGAGGAUCUUGUUAUUGCUAGAAAAGCCGAUUAUUCUCACUAUUUACUGCCAACAACAAACGCUAAAAAAUAUAUUUUAUCACCGUGUCAUUUAUUUCGAGAAAUAACCUUCCUUUGCUUUAGUCUUACAUAAUAUCGCUCCAAUAUGUCUUCUGAGGAGUUUGAAAAGCUGCAUGAGCUGUAUAGAUCUCUGUAUGACGAGGUGAAGUCCGUGCCUGAACGUGCUCAGAGCUGUCAGGGAGAGGAAAGGAAGAGGAUUGUCAGAGACUUUGAUGAGCGUGUUUCAGAGGCUGAAGAAGUGCUUCAGGGCAUGGAACAGGAGCUGUUUGGUGCUCCAUCAUCCUUUCGGACCCCCAUGUCAACAAAGAUUCGACUGUACCGGCGAGAUCUGGCCAAACUACAGAGAGAGAUAUGCCUCUCCGCAACACAAGGCUUUCCUAGUCACACUGGAGAUGGCAGACAAGGGAUCUAUGCUGCUCAGAAUGAACAGAGUACUCAUCUGCAGUCUCAGCGUGCUUUGCUUAUCCAGGGGACAGAGUCUCUUAAUAAUGCGUCAAAGAGUAUCGAGCGCAGUCACCGGAUUGCAGCAGAGACGGACCAGAUUGGCACAGACAUCAUCGAGGAGCUUGGAGAACAGCGAGACCAACUGGACCGCACCAGAGACAGACUGGUUCACACUGGCGAGAACCUGAGCCGCAGCAGGAAAAUCCUGCGUGCAAUGUCCAGGCGACUUAUUACGAACAAACUGCUACUAUCAGUCAUUAUCAUCAUGGAAUUGGCCAUUUUGGCAGGGGUGGUCUACUUGAAGUUCUUCCGCAAGUAGGCAAUGAGACACACAAGACCGUAUUAGACUUCACCUUUCCCUCUUCUUAUUUCUGAUGUUCACGGGUGUCUGGCCCGAAGACAAUGUGCUGGGUGGUUUAGUGACUGUGAGUGUCACAUGGACAUGUAUGGGCAGUUAUUUUAAGCGCUAAACUGUAUUAGCUUAAGUACUGCUCUCAAGGUGAAAAGAAGAUGGUGAGUAUGGUACAUUAAGACUGCUGGAGGAUCAGGACCUGUUCAAAGAUGGCGUGACGGUGUUACUCCCUCCUUAGCUGUCUUGAACAAGAUGUCAAAUCUAAUGGAUUUAUGGAUGUACAGUGGAAACAGAAGGAUCCAUUGAAAGGAGUGACAAAUAAUAUAUGCAACCUGUCUGGAUUUUUACACGCAUCAGUCAUUUUAAAGUCAUGGAUCACUCAAAAAUUAUAAUUCUGUCAUAAUUUACUCACCCUCGUGCCAUUCCAAACCUUUCAUUGUUUGUACAGGGAAAGUCAAACAACACUGGUCCCAACUGACUUUCAUUGUUUGGACAAAAAUGUAUUCUUCAAAAUAUCUUCUUUUCUCAGAGGUUUGGAAUAAUGUAAGGGUGAAUAAAUUAUGACCGUUUUUUUUUUUCUGAGUGAACUGUCCCUUUAACUAAUGAACUUUUAACAAGAUGACAGAAUCACAUUGUGUAAUACACUUUUUUGAGACGAGUGUUAUUGUGGCAUUAAAGGUAACAGCUCUUGGGCGUUUUCCUUUAGCUUUUCCUGCAAUCAGUCAAAACAGAGCUGAGUGUACUCCAGGCCAAGAGACAGACAACUAUAAACAUGCACGUCACUCGCUUCACAAGCCCUGGUUGGCAGAGAAAGGGGUGUGUUUAGCCUGUCAGAUAUGGGGGUAGAGACAUUACUGUAAACAUACUUGAGAAUAAAGUGACACGAACACCUGCUAGAGUGGGAAUACCAGCGUCCAGCGACAUCAGGUCACCUUGACAUACUGACUUUUUGCCAGCUGAUGGUAUUUCUAGUCAUGUUAGGCCAAAACAGCAGAAGUAUCAGUGGAGACCAGUCAAGUGUUUGUGAUGGACAAUUUUACAAUGGGCCUAGAAUACAUAUAGUGACACCCCUUAUGAAAGGUGUAUGACCAACAGGUCAUUGGGGGGCAGUUGUUCUGUAAUCUUAUCGCAUUUCAUAUAUAUAUAUAUAUAUAUAUAUAUAUAUAUGACAGGUAUAUAUUAGGCUACCUCUUAAGCAUUUCAGGAGUAAAAGAAAAAAAAAUGGUACCAUAAAAUAAUACCCAAACCAGCUGUCAAUAUCAAACAAGUAUAUUUAAAGUGUUCUUUUAUUAUUUUAAAUCACUGUUUGUAAACUUCAUUGGCACAAAGAUGAACCAGUCAAAAGUAGUUAUUUGUGAGCAAAUGUAAAAUUUCUUAAGUGAAUCCUAUUUUUUGGAGAGAAUGCAAUUGCUUUGACACACCCCCUCCAUGUCAUAUUUUAUUCUGUUGUGCCUUUAGAAGCUCUGUAGAGCACUAGUAAUCAAGAUUUUCUAAUCUGAAAAAGUGUGUAUCUGGAAAUUGUGAUCCAGUCCAUUUGACUUUGAAAAAUAAGAAAAAAUGGAUUACCUGAUACUAGAUACCUGAUACCAAAUCCAGAUCACUAUUUUUGAACAACUGACCCUAGAUGCUUCAAAAUAUCUAAUCAAAGACAAGUCAUAGUCUGUCUCCAGUACAUUAGUUUAUUGCAACAAAACAUUUUUACUGAAACAGAAAUGCAGCAAAUCAAACUUUCCCCAAGAUGAUACUUGUACUGGUGGUAAAUUCAGAUCUGAAGGGUGUAUAAAAUGCAUUCAUACAUGAUUUUUCAAAGGUUUAUUUAAAUAGAAAUGAAAAUGACUGAAAUAACUUACUUCAUGUGCGCUAGUUUAAAAAA